UCCCAGCUGAUGAGCUGAUCGCGACGAGUGAAGGCAAAAAAGCUAUUUUUUAAUGUUUUAAAGCGCUUUUAACUGUGAAUUUUUUUUAUCACGUAUUACCGACCUCGCGUUCAUCCCACGGACGAAUAAUACUAUGACGAUGUCAGCUACAAGGAGACAAAUGUCGGAGAAACAGAGGACGAAGAAGAUGAGCAAAGCGCAGCUGCAGCUGGCCGUGAUAAAAAAGAAGCAAUGCGACGCGAAAGCUCUCGCGAUAGUUGUGCAGCUUCUGGAACCGCACGUGGAUCCCGACUGGCUCCUUCAGAAUCUGGGACUCAUAAGCAAGAGCCACAUGGAAGACGUGAUAGAGGAGAGAGCGAUAGUAAAGCUGUGCGGUUACGUUCUCUGUUCGAACCAACUGACUGUCAUUAUCCGACAGAAGUAUCACAUAUCGACGAGCAAGAAUAAAGUGUACGACGUCAGCAAGCGGAAGAACUUUUGCAGCUCGUCGUGCUACGGGGCGGCCAAUUAUCUUCUGGAGCAGAUGCUUGAGAGUCCAUUGUGGAUGAGAGAGAAAGAGGACAUACCGGUCUUUCAGAUUCUGCCUCUGAGUUCUAAAUCUACGCAGUGCGGGGACGAGAUCGACGUUGCUGGAAUUAAACUGUCGCAAAAUGCAGAUGCUGACAAUAAUGACGACAGCAAAGGAUCUAUGGAACAUAACGCGACCAAGCAGACGGAAAAAGAUGCGGCGUGCAAUGUAUCGAGCCCUGAGAAAGGAGAGAUCUGCAACUCCCAUUCAUUGAACGAGAUUCCAUAUUUGUCCAACUCUAAUCGCGAGACGCAUUCAUGGGAGCUACGCAAUCAAGAAAGUGAAGACUGUGAUUCGGAAGAAUUUGCAAAUCGUGGAAGUAACUACGAUAACAAUAUCCAGCAAGUAGAUAACCUGGAGAAUUUGGAAAUAGAAGUCGCUGGCCAAUCUGAGAAUAUUCUACACUUGCAUAAACACAAUAAGGAUACAGAAAGUAAAAAUAUCAAUGUAAAUAUAUGUGAUAAUGAUGAAGCGUUGCAGCCUCAAUUCGAUGAAAUAGGUAAUGAUCAAAAUGACACUAGUGAAAGGUUGCAGCUUCAAUCAGUCGAAAUGAGUGACAAGAACGAUGAAAAUAAAAAAAGAUUACAGUCUCAGUUAGAUGAAAUAAAUAAUAGCCCUAAUAAUGGAAAAAUGAUACAAUCUCAAUCGGACAAAAUGUGUAGUAGUAAUAAUACUGUAAUCUCUUCUGCAUCUGCGUGCAGUGAACAUAAAAAAAUAGGAGAAGCAAAGAAAACUAAUAAAUGUAAAAAGUACAAGCCGAAAAAAGCUGACAAUGCAGAAGUACAAAACAAUAUUUGUCAAAAUCUCGCGAUGCAUGUUGAACAGAGCGUUAGAGAAUGGAUUACAAAAGAUACGCUUUGCCUUCUAAUCGGCGAGGCGGAUGAGAAGAAUCAGUUGUUAGAGAAACUUACGCAGUACGACAGGUACCAGAAGUUGUGUAAAAAGUUAGACAAGCUGCAAGUGCAGGAUGAAAAGGAGGAUCGUGUCGAUUUAGAGAGAAACGAAACGAGAGAGAAAAAGCUCAAACCUUUACCUCACUUCUCUGUGCUCCAAGAGGAUGGAAAGAAAAUGGAAUUAAAGGUACGUGCGUUUUACGAAGGACGAAUGACAAUUCCACCACCUGAGGGUAGCGCCAAAGAAUCGGAAAGUAAUGAUAACGAUGAGCCUGUAUUACCAUUAACAGGCAGUCACACGCCUAAUGCACUUCGUCGCCGAAUUUUCUUGGACAACCUUCAUAAAAUAUUACCAGAUUUGAUGCGCGCUUUAACGACCAACGGGAAUAUUUCUUCACUGGCACAAUAUACUUAUAAUAAUGAGAGGUACUCAUUAAUCAAGAUUUUGAUUACCACUUUUAAUUUAUCUGCUGCAAAUAUUGUCUUCAAAAACGCCGAAUGGACACUCGUGGGACUUGUAGUCAUUAAAAUGUUGAGCUUGAUUGAUACACAACUACAAUUGUUGCUCCGAUCUAAGCAAGCCUCAAUGUACACGUCUAUGAGUCUCACAACGUACAAAUUAGAUUCCAAUUAUUUAGACAGACUUAUAAUGGACAUUACAAACAAUGUAGGCGCAUCUAAAUAGGACGAUAAAUAAUAAAAAACUGAAAUAGUUUCAUAAAUAUUAAAA